AUGCCCUUCUCCCUCCUGCCACUCCUCCUGCCACUCCUGCUGCUGCUGCAUGGACUUGAUGAGGUGCCUCGAUAUUCGAUGAGGAAUGUCCACAUCAGUCAGGAUCCUUUUCUUGUGCUACACAUUGACCUACACCUGCGGACGAGGACGAGGAAGUACAGCAUGGCCGUUAAACUCUAUACAGAGGCCUUGAAGCAGAAACCCUCGUUGAUCGCAGUCCUUGCAAAUAGAGGAGCAGCAAACUUGGCCCUGGGUCGCUUCCAAGAAGCUGCGACGGAUUGUCUCACCUUCAUAGAUGACCCGAAUAAUCACGUGUGCAUGCCUGAGAGGAUUUGUGCGGCAAAAGCGCUACUUGGACUUGGGCGCUCAGAGCAAGCAAGGAUACAGUUUGCCAUCGUUUCAGAGGAGGCAAAGAGCUCUGGGCUGGUAUGGGAAAAGGAAAACAUACAAGAUGCUUUGAAAAUGGCAAGGGAAGGAAUAAAACAUGUACAGGACUAUGACAUAGAAGUCAAGAGAGCGUUUGGAUUCCUACAUGGCCAAAGAGACAAGUUUUAUCUCCCUAUCGUCGGACGGUGGCGCUCGUGGCGAAAAGACAAUUUCGAAGAUCAAGUUCCUCUGAGGGAGCACAGUGACAAUUUCCGGCAUUCGGAAGGAGAAAGGAAGCAUAGAAAGGUCUUAUCCAUCGUCUCCGAGGCAUUCAAGUGCACGCAGAAGCUCCAGGCCCUUUCAAUCGCACCCCAGGCGGUCGAGCCGAUUGUGCUGCAGGCCUGGGCGCUGAUGAUAGCGGGAAACAUCACCAAGAUUUUGGAGUUCUGUGGAGAGAAAAUGUUUCCUGUCCAGGAUCAGACGGGCUCAGCCUCUACCCUUCCCGUGGCUUCCGAGCUCUGGGUUGUUUACUCCCGCGCGUUGCAUCUGGCAGGGCGACUGGAGGAAGCAAAACGGAUUUUGAACUCUGGCAUUCAAUCUGGUGCAGCAUGUCAGGAAUUGUGCGCAGAUGGAAAGAUCGGACCGAUGAGCAGUCCGUUGACAGAUCGAGAUCGAGAUCGAUUGGUCUGUGGUUGCCCGUACAUGAAUAUCGUUUUGACGCAUGUCAGGUGUAUCGCUGAAGGAAAAUACGCCCGAGCGGUGGAGGAACUCAACAGAGGCUUGUCGAUAGAUCCAUACAACAGCCUUCAUUGCGCACAGCUGCUUGCUCGGAGGGGAGAAGCAUACUUCGCGCAAGGGGCGUUGCACUCAGCGAUGAAAGACGCAAACAAAGUCAUGAGAUUUCUCAGCGGGAGGGAAACAGGCAGCUAUAUCUUAUCGGACAUCAACAAGAUGCCAGCAUGGGCCGGGUCGUAUCAAAUCCUUGCUGAAGCCGCUCUUCGAAUGAAAAAUCUUGAACAGGCCAUGCAAAAUAUAACUCUCGCGCUCAAGAUUUGCUCUCAUGAACAACGGGCGGUUCUGGAACCAAAGUACAACGAGAUUAAGUUGCAGAUAGAAAGGGAAGAGGCUGCUCGAAUGAAAGAAUUCGCUGGAUUCCGAUCCGAGAAAACCUCGGACGAGGCCAAGGAUACCAAGCAAGAAUCUCAAGGAACACCUGGUCAGCAAGGAUCGAAGAAACCAGGAGCAACGCAUUCUUCAUACACCGACAAGAAGGAAAGAGACAAAUGGUCAAGUUAUCGCGGGGCGAAUGCUGCAGAUUGGACGAAAGCGAGAAUGGAGCAGGAGUACAACGAAGCAUAUCGGCACUUCGUCAAGGAUCAGAAGACCCAUGGCUGGGGCAUCCCUCCGAAGGGCUUCGUGCCUCCCCAACCCAAGGCCAAGGAGGAGGAGAAGCCGAGAAGUCAUUUCGGGACGUGGGACUGGUCGGACUGGAAGGGCUGGGCCCAUACAGACCGCCCGCGGGCUGGCCCAUCGUCUCCUCCCAGGCAGGAGUCAGGAGAUUCAGGCGCGAAGAGAGCGCGGACUUUCUCAGCUGCCAAACCUCAGAGCAAGGGCUUCUAUGCUGUGCUGGGAGUGGACGUGCAGGCCUCCAGCAGCGACAUCAAGAAGACGUACAUGCGCCUGGCGCUUCAGUUUCAUCCAGACAAGUACAAGGGAAAAGAUCCCAAAGCCGCGGAGGAGAGAUUCAAGAGCAUCACACGAGCUUACGAAGUUCUUUCGGACGCUCGCUCGAGGAAGCAGCACGAUGAGGACAUCGGUGUGGGCGACAUCCUAGACAUGAGCGCGUCUUUCUCUUUCCGUCGUUAG